AGGACGUCAUCGAACAAAGCAUUGUGGUAAAUUGAGGUUUUGUACUCUGCUGACGAACCACUGCCAGCUGUCACAAUUAAAAGCAAGUAGUCUCCCUUCUGCUUCACAUUUUACCCACUGUCUUGCUUCUGUCAGGCAGUAUGGGUCGUGGCUAUAUAGUAGAAGAUGCUGUGGAGGGAUAUCUGACGAAACUAUGUGAACAACAAGCAGGCGCAGUCACAGGCCUGCUUAUUGGACAGAGCUCAGCCCAAAGGGACUUUGUUGUCAUGGCAACUCGGACGCCCCAACGGGAGGAGUCUACUGCAGCGGCUGGAAACUCUCUGGACAAGGAGUGGGUGACUGAGCAUGCUCGACAGGUGUCUCAGAUGCUGCCCGGAGGCCUGUCUGUAUUGGGAGUCUUCAUCAUCUCUGAUACUGAUUCCAAGGACACACUAACCACACUCCGACAGCUGGUUUUUGCGGUGGAGAAUGUGAUCUCCUCUGAGCAUCUGUGGAACCUUGCAGAUGAUGACGUCACAGACUGUGUCACACUGCACGUCAACCCCAAAACCAGGAAAACCAUCUGCAGAACCUUUGACAUCAAAGAUCCCAAGAGCAUGGCCAAGCCUGCAGACUGGAAGUACCAGUCAGGUGUGUGUUCCUCCUGGAGCAUGGUGACAUGUUGUUUAAAUGUGGACAUGUUGGUACCACUACCAGACAACAGAACCGAUGCAGAAAUCAUGGAUAAAUGUCUUAAGGAGGAGCUAAGAGUGUGGGCACAUCAGCUGGAGAGUGGAGUUUGUCUGAUUGAUGGAAAAAAGCUGGCAGAGGACACAGAGCUCACAGGAGGACAGAAGAGAAAUGUGAGACAGACGUACACAGCUCAGUUACUCAUCACACCGGAUGACAGGAGGUUAACAGAUGUGGUCCAGCGGUGUGGAGGCAGUGUGUCAGUCAGAGGAGCAAUCCACAGCAGAGCUUACUUACACAGCAACAAACCAAAGGCCAAACUGGCUGAGAAGCUGCUGAAGAGGGACGUGGUUUCUACGGUGACCACAAGGGUUCAGAUGGUACUGGAGGAGCUGCUGACAUCAGAGGAGGAGAGCAAGAGCAGCAGCAGCAGCAGAGACAAACAACAGACAGAACAAUUCUGUCUCCCUCAUCGUGUCUUCUGUCCAGUAAAAGUGAGUGGGCCAGUGUGUGUGUGUGACUACCAAUUCAGUGACGAGGCCCUGUCUGAGGUGACUGACAGGCUGAAGGAGAUGCUGGACAUUGACGCAGCCGAGGAAGAUUUAGAUACCAGGCAGGAAACACCAGCAGAAAUCCCAGAGACAGAUGUUGCAGCAGAGCCCAUUGGGGAAACUGCAGAGGUGCUGGAGCCCAAGAGGAACAACUAUAUUGGUGUUGCCAUGGCUACUGCUGUCGCCCUACUUGCCACUGCUGCCUCAAUGCUCUAUCUCAGUGAUGCUUAAUAAACACACAUGUACACACCAAAUAAAGUGUUUCUAAUAUUU